AUGGCCACCGUUUGCCACCUGAUCAACUUCAAAUUUCGGAGUCCCAAAUCUAGAGGAAAGGCUUGCGAAGGUUUUUCAAAGCUUUUGACGCUCUUGUCAGUCAGCUUGGAUGGGUUUACGCUGGAGCAUGACCUUUUCACCAACGACGGUGAGCACGCUCAGGCUUCUGGUUUUUUGACUGUCGAUGCGUCUGGCGCUGUGUAUGGCUUAGAGUUUUGGGGACGUGAAUUUUGGGAGAGCACAGUGAAGGAACUGUGGGACCAAGACGUUCUCAGUGAGAAAAAACCUUGGAUUACUGCACAGUCGGGUAUUGGCAAGGUUCCAUUGUGUGAACUCCUGGCCUUUGCCCUGGACCCACAACAUCCUAACAAUGUAAGUGGUGUUCUUUGCUCGCGUGUGUUCAACUUGCUUACAGAGAUUUGCUAUUUGUUGGACCGCUACGUCGAUCGAUUGAAGUGGGACCACACCUCAGUGGAUAUCUACCUUGACGCGAGCACCUUGGGCAAGCGGCCCACUGAAUUGCUCUGGUUGUUCUCACCAGAGAUCAACUGUGGUGCCUGGGCACCCCCUCUGGAGUUGGAACGGUCAUCGCCUUUGGCGCGCGCUGCGAAGGGUGUGCAGCUGGCUUGGCGCUGCAUCACGAUGAUGACUUCGAGUGAGGAAUUGGAGGACUUGUCCAUGCCUAUGAUCAAUGCUCUGUACAGCAAGCACUACAACAUUUGUCCGAUCUAUGCAAAACCCAGUGACCAGGGGCACUCGGGCCAGCGCUUUGGCACAAGGGCUCGCGAUGACCCAGACUUGUUCCUGUACUUGGGUGACAAUGCCCGCAACCGCUUAACGUGGAGCGGGGUGAGCGGGAAAGUCCCGACCUUCCGUACAAAUGGAGGAGAAGAGGCAUCAACAAAGCCGAGGGCCAAAGGCAAGACCAAGGCAGCCGGUCCAUUGGGUGGUCGACGUAAGCGCGAGGAUGAAGAGUCACGAUCAAGGCGAAUCAUGACUGAGACCUACAAGUCCCAGAGCUGUGUCAAGGAUUUCAUUGAUUGUCAUUUGAUAGAUUGGCUGUCAGACGGCUGCGACAAAGUCUAUUUGCCAAGAGAUAUCUUCAGUGGUGAAAGCAGGGCCAAGGAUGGCAAAGCCGCAGUCCUUGAAGCUGCCCACUCUGCAUAUUGUCGCCGGAACAAGCCUGUGGAGACCACAGGGUGGACACCAGGAGACAUUCAUAAAUUUAUGACCUGGCAACUGGACCAGUACCAGAGAGGCCGAGUUCGAAAAAGUGAAGUUGGAGGGUUUGCAUGGAAACUCCCAAAACGUGGAGAAGGUGGCGAACCUGCACCCCUUCCAGCUGCUGUGGUGGAUUUCCUCAAGUCAAAGAAGAAGGGAAGAGCAGAGGAGUCUGAGCAGGAAGACGAAGAAGAAGACGAUUCGCCUUUCUCAUUGGAGAAAGAUGGAGUGAACUUUUUCCUGGUUGAGAAUGAUACGAACCGGAGAGUGGCACUUCCAGCUUUGAAGAAGAAAGGGGUUGCGUAUUCACUUUAUUCAGCUGAUGGUGAGUGGGCAGUUGCAGGAGGAAACCCAGGCGAUGAUGAUCCGGAGUAUUGCAGCGACAUUUUUGAAAAGGCCUUUCCCAAGGACAAGACGUUGAUGAAGAGGAAGAAGGUGGAUACUGAGCCAGAGAAGCCAGAGAAGCCAGGGAAGCAGGCCAAGGUGGCACCCAGCAAUGCAGGGAAGGACAAAGUGAAAGGCGGAGGCAGUGAUGCUGCAAGCGGCAAGGCAAAGACUGCCAGUCACCAGCAGCAGUCGUCGUUUGCUACCAAGCCUUUGUUGAUGGCGGGCAUGAAGAUGAUCCAAGGCCUGGUGCCAAAAGGGACGCGGAUCGAGCGAGGAACGGUCAGCGCACCUUCCACCGCGGCACCUUCGUCUAGCGUUGUUGCAGAGAAGCCUGAUGAGGCGCCCGAGUCCGAGGACGAGAUUGGAUCUUUGUUUUCUGGGACCCCCUCUGAGCCUGAGCAGAAAGAGGAGGGUGCGCCUCGAUUGGAGGUGUUGGCUGAUGCCAGUACUGUGUUGCGAUCACCGCAAGAUGGGAAAGAGCUUAUCCUGCCUGAGGACAAGGACUUCCAGAUCGUGAAGGAUGACAAUGGAACGUGGAUCCUGGAAUGCACUUCGCACCCAGAGGUGAAGCGUCGUACAGUGAGCAAGGCGUUGGAGAGCAAGCGGGCUACGCUAUGGCAAGAGCCUCCUCUUGAAGAUGAAGAGAACGAGGACCAGAAGGAGGGGGGAGGCAAAGACGCAGCAGGUGCAGUGGCAGCCUACGUGCCCCAAACCCGGAAAAGACAGAAGCAAGCUGAAACGCCUGAGCGUGAGAGAAAGGUGCUUCUCGCAAAGGAGAAGGCUCUGCCAAAGCGAAAGGCAGAUGCGGCAGUCCUGGCAGCAGCAAAGGCAAGAGAACAGAAACUGCUUGACUCCAUGAUUUCUGACGAGGUAGAGGUUGAAGAGCCGGGUGAGAGCCGCGAAGACGAAGAGGAAGAAGUUCCUAAGGCUGCUGAUGCUGAGGAUGGGGAGGAAGAGGAGGAGCAGCACCAGCAUGAGGAGACUGAUACGCACAACAACAAUGUGGCAGAAGCUGGGGAAUAG